AUGAGUUGCAUGAACAACUUCCAGAGGGUUCUGUACGCCUCGCGCUUCAUGCGGGUGUUCGGGAAAUUCAAGCGGGCGCAGCUGAGAGAAAAGCCACAUAGGAAAAUAGGCCCCUUUAGUAACCCAGUGAAAAGAUUAGUGAGGCUAAAGGAGAAGGAGAGGAUAUUUUGCGAGUUGGGCACGCCCCGCAUGAUUCCAAGAGCGAAAACAGGCGGAAGAGAAAAAAUACUUGAAGUAAUAGAAGCGCCCAAAGUAAGCAAAGAAGUUCUGGACAGACGAUUAGAAUUCCUACUUUCCAAUGAAAGUGUAUAUCAGCAAAUGUACAACAAAAUGUAUAAUGGAAUUACUCCUUAUCAGUGUGAGUUGUUCAUGUGGGAAAGACAAAUGAGAGAUCUGAGGAAAAUAUAUAGGGCACAAUAUUUGCAUAAAUUAAGUGAAGUGACAAAAGAAGAAAGAGAAAAACAAAUAAAGUUGAUUUUGCAGACGAGAGAAGAUAAAAGAAAACGUAGAGAAUUAAUAAGGGAAAGAGUACUGGAAGAUAAAAAAAGGAAAGCUAUCUUGAAGGACCGUUUAUCUUUGGAAAAAAAAGUUACCCAAUCAAUUCUAUUUAAAAGGCAAUCAAAUAGAAAAAUAAAUAAUAUUUAUUGGCUAUCUAAAUUGCAAAGGAAGAGUGAGUACACGGAUGCAGAGGAUUUUAAGGAAAAAAUGGAGACAAGUGGUGCAGUCGACACAGGAAGGAGGGGAAGUACUGGACAAGCAGAAUACAAUGCUCGUGCAAAACACGCUGGAAGUAUGGCUUCAAAGAGUAGCGCAGAUGAAGACACUCUCUUCAAUCGUAACAUCUCUACGAGUGCUCUGUACAAACAUCUAGGAUACGAAACAAGAGACGAAAAAAGUGAAAAUACACAAAUUUUUAAAGUAGACAAGAUAUACAGAAAAUUACUAGAAGAGUCAUUCGAAUUUUUGGAUGAAGAUGAAGAAAAAUAUGGACCCAUGAACCAUUUAGAAAAUGAGGGAAAUGUAACGCAUAAGGAAAGAGCGCAUAUUUUAUACUCCUCCUUUACCGAUGAGGAAAAAAUCAAACUGUUGGACGAUAAAAUAGCAAUACUUACGAAAAAAAUAGAAGAACAAUCGUAUGCCAAAGGUAUGGAUAACAACAACAUAAUGUUUUACAUUCAGCUGCGGGAUAAGUUGGAGGCGUCCAAACAGGCCUUCUUAGAAACGAGCUACUUGAAAAAGGUUAUAAAGGAAGAUUAG